UUGUCUAGCAUGGAGGUUGCCUUUCAUUCUGGACUUGCGAGACCUCACACUUCACAAUCCUCCCCCACCGCCUCCUCCCACGCUCGCAUGACAUCUAACAGCGGGCCCUCCCUCAUGUCCCACCAAAGCUACCAAAGCCAGUAUUCCGCAUACUCCCACAAUAGCGCGCGCGACACCCAGAGCUCCCAGGCCACCAGCGCCUCGACCUUGUUCAAUGGCCCGCCGCCCGCCUUCCCCACCUCCACCCCCGUGAACGGCGGGCCCGUCGAAGCCGCCAACAACGUCCUCAAUAAGCGUGCCGACAAAGAGACUUCCCUUUUUCAACGAUGUCUACAGCUUCAACAGCGCCUGCGCGCCAUCCCAGGUUUGGAGCGCUGGCUCCGCGAAGAAGAGAACAAGGCUGGAGUGGACGACGACCCUGUGGCGCUCUUAUGGAGAACAUUUCGGAGGGGCUACCCACUGCUCGACAUAUACAAUGCCUUAAACCCCCGCGUGCGCUUGACCAUCGAUGAUUCCAAGAUGACCGAGGCCAAUGCAAAGAAGUUCGAAAAGAUGGCUACAUAUAAAUUUCUGCAGGCCUGCAUCCAGGAGCUGGAUUUCCCUCCGGAGGAACGCCCCAUUAUCGGAGAUCUAUAUGGUGACGAUACUACUGGCUUCGUCAAGGUGGUCAAUGUGGUAAACCGUGUCCUUGACAUUUUACUUCAGAUGGGUAUCAUCACAACAGACAAUGAUUCUUCCGACCCCGCUCACGGUAGCACCGCUAAACGGAGUCAGCGGGAACACAUUAUCGACGAGCUGGUCAGAACCGAGCGUACCUACGUGCAGCACUUAGAGCUUUUACAGCUAUUCAAGAAGAAUGUGGAGGAGAAGGGCAUCUUGACUGGCGACACUGUUCACAACGUUUUCCUCAACUUGAACGGCCUGUUGGAUUUCCAGCGACGCUUCCUCAUCCGUGUUGAGCAGACCAAUGCUCAGCCUCCGAAUGAGCAGAAUUGGGGUCAACUAUUCGUGCUCUACAAAGAUGCCUUUAAAGUAUACGAACCGUACAUCGCGAACCAGAAGAAGUGCGAAGAGAUUGUUGUAAGAGAGUUUGAUAAGUUGAGAGAGACGGGGGGUUCUGCGGAGAUGCAGCAAAUGGUUGAAUCGACUGCCACUUUGACUUCCUUUCUUCUAAAACCCUUUCAGCGGUUGGCGAAAUAUCCACUGCUGCUUAAAGAAUUGCGCGACAAAGGCGAUCUAGAUGAGACCCGAAAGGAAGACGUCUCCCAGGGCAUGAUAGCCGCCACCGCCAUUCUAGAAAGGACAAACGCAGCUAUUGAUCGUGAAGAUCGCCUAGAGGCUGUGGAAGAUCUCAAGACCAUGGUCGAAGAUUGGAAAGGCCACCGGAUCGAAGGGUUCGGUGAUCUGCUCCUUUAUGGCCAGUAUACCGUCCUCAAGGGUGAUGGUAUGAAUGGGAAGAACGAAGAGCGAGAGGCGAGUUGCCCCCCGAGCGUUUCGAUCUGCAUAUACUGACGACGUGUAGUACAAAAU